AUGCCCAUUGUAAAAUACCCCAGGGCUACAGAGCCUCUCUGGCAUGAAUGGGAUGGGAAAGCACAGAAAUGUGGAUUAAGACACACGGUCUAUGCUGUAAAUGGGGAUCGCUACACUGGAGAAUGGCUAGACAACUUGAAACAUGGUAAAGGCACACAGGUAUGGAAACGGACUGGAGCUAUUUAUAGCGGUGACUGGAAGUUUGGGAAGCGGGAUGGUUAUGGCUCAUACAGCAUUCCUGACCCUGUAACCAAGGAAUACAAGAAGGUGUAUACAGGCUGGUGGGAAAACGACCGAAAAUGCGGCUACGGCACAACGCUUUACCCCAGCGGGGAGCGUUACGAGGGCGAGUGGAGCAGUGGGCUGCGGAGCGGCUGGGGACGGAUGUACUACCGGGAUGGAUCCAUCUACGAGGGGCAGUGGCUGGCUGACCAGCCCAGCGGGCAGGGGAUGCUGCGGCUUCCAAAUGAAAAUCGGUACGAAGGAGGUUGGAAAGACGGAAAGAAGCAUGGCCCAGGGAAAUUUUUCUACUUGGAUAAGGGACAGUUGUUUGACGGUAUCUGGGCAGCAGAUAUACCAAAAUGUGGAAUUCUGAUUGACUUUGGCAGAGACGAAGCUCCUGCCCCUACUCAAUAUCCAAUCCCAAAGAUUGAACUAGCUGAUCCAGAUGGUGUUUUAGCAGCGGCCCAGGCAAUGUUUGAUGACAGCCAAAAUUAAUAACCGGAUGUCGAAGAAAAAAAAAAAAAGAUGUGAGAUAAGAACACAGUCCUGGGCUACUUAUUCAUUUGAGUCUCAAAUCCACAGUGGUCUUGUGGUCUGCCUCAUUUUUCCCUCAAGGCUGCCUGUGUAUGCUUCACUGUGCAGGUGGCUUUGCUCAGAAGCCUCCUCCCACCCCCUUAUUUUGGAAAAAAAAGAAAAAGAAGAAAAAGAAAAAAAGGAGAAAAACCAGAAGCAGCAAAACACAGGAAAAUAGGUAAAGUGACUCUUUGCCCACCUCCUCUGAUUCCUUCUUCCUGUACAGAAACAGCACUUCUGUUGGCUUCAAGGUCUUUCACAUUGCCUCAGAGAAGAAGCAGGGCUUCUAUUACAUGCUAUAAAAGCAAAGCCCUAGAAAAGUACAGGCUAAUAAUUGUCCCCUCCCACUGCCCCCAAGCUCAGCCCAAUACAUCCCUAUGACCCAUCAUUUGGUCCCUUGACUCUUCAUGUUUUCUAGGCUGAAUGAUAACCUACUUUUCUAUUUAAGUACUUGGAGAGAAUAACAAAAAUACAACAUGCUUGGCCCCGAGAUUUAAGCAGUGCUGACAGGAGCAAAAGCAUGUCAGCUACGUUAUAUUCUUUAUAUCUGUGUGAACAGGGAAUUUUAUCUUUGUAUUAUGACUGAAAUGAGUAACUGAAUACACUGAAGACACCCUCAGAAAUACACAGGAUUAGCACAAUAUAGCUGAAGAGAUAAGGGAUAUAGAGAAAAUAAGCAUAUUUUAGGCCUCUAGAUAUCAAAUAAUCAGCAACAACUAAGUAUAUUUUAUUUCACUGAAUUAUUUUAUAUCUAAAUAAGUGAUAUACAGUAACCAAUGUUUAAAAUGCUCGAGGUAAAUACAGAACACCGUUAGUAUAAAUAAGGGAUAAAAAACAAAUUCUAAGUGCACUCUUAAAGUUUAGAUCCAGGUGUUUGGGUCUGGUUACUGCCUUUGGCACACAGUUAUGAGACUGUGCCUGAGGUGUAACUUUCACAACCAUUUCCACAGCUGGAAAAUGAGAGAAACAUACUCGAUAACAUGGCUUAAAGUAUAGAAAAUUGGCAGAAAAGCAGCUGUAAUAACAGCGCCAUUAGCUCAGAACCUACCAGCUGAGAAAGUUUAAAAUAAGGUUGUCCCACUAGCUUCUAAUUCUGUAUUUCUUAAGCAAAACAAUCCCCACACACAAUUCUGUCACUUUGAAAAGAUCCAUAAAAUAAGAGAUUCUCAGCUACUAUCCAGGACAGCAAGUAAUAUUACAAAAUAAACUUGGAAAAUAUAUUUUCUGGACUUCCAUUCAAAAUAAUCUAACUUUUAAAUAUAAAAUUUAUGGACAGAAGCAUAAUUUUUAAGCCUGGCAGCACCCUUUCAACCAUUUGCUCCAGGGUGAAUAUUGAGUCAGGUUUUCCUUCUCUACUGCAGGUGCUUAAUAGUCUUUUUUCCCCCAAGACAGGACUAGUAUUCCAGUAAAGGACGGGAAAAUACAUUUUGUGCCUACCACCAAGAUUUUGUGUUUUGGAAUGCUGCUUCAUUAAUGCCUUUACUAAUAUAAUCCUUCCAGUGCUCUGUGAAUGGACACCUGUGGGACUGUAGUCAUAAUUUGCACCAUCAGCAGAUUUGCAUCAGUAACAGAAUACACUUGAAGCAUAACUUAAUGGCAGAGCUAGAGAAAACCCAGCUUGGCAUCUGUAUGCCAGAAGGACUUGUGAAAACAGCAAGUGGAAAGCGGUUUUCUGCUUGUAAACCAAGAAUGCUGCUGAAAAAAAGAAAAAAAAAACCCACCAUUUUUUUGUGGUUAUUUUUCAGAAUACAAACACACCCCAGGUAACCUUGUCAACACCUCCCACCGCAGUGGUGCUGACAUGAGAAAUCAGUCCCAUUUGCUUCACGAUGGUGCUUCAGUAGUAAACACACCCUGCCACCCUCCCUCUGUAGACACAUCCAACACUUUGUAAAUAUGUUGGGAUAACCCGACAUGGAGGUUGGGUGUAAGAGUCCAUGUUCAAGGCUCAGUCAAGUAUAGCUGCACUGUAUUUUCACGUGCACUCCUGUCUCAUUUCAAAAUCCCAGGUUUCUAUUCCACAGUGUUAGCUACAGUAAGGAGGUCAAGUUUUGUUCCAUUAGACUUGAAACCUGUCUCAGUUUGUGUUCAAAAAACGGCUUUUACCCAUUAAAGCCCAAAGCUGCUCCACAGAAGAACUGCAUUCCAAAAAAUUCCACUUCUAGACAUAGCCAAAAUUACUGAAGCAGCCCAGGACAACUGCUGCAAUCAUUCUGGGACAAACCUCUUAUCUAAGAGACCAAAUGGAAGUUUUUGCUUAAAGAGGAAAUAAAAAACUGACACAGUAGCCUUGCUGUCACAGACGUGUAUGUCUGAAAGUAAGUAGCAAUAUUAAUUACAAAUAAUCUACUUUCAUAAAUAAAUCUACGUAGAGAAAAGUAGUCUUCCAGAUCCUUUGGAAGCAAAAAAAAUGUGUAACAAGUUAUUAAAUACAACACUUCAGCAAGAAGAUUUUUUCUAAACAAGGAAGACCAAGGCAUAGCUAAUUACUUGGGAAUCCAACGCAGAGAAAGCACCUUUUGCUGCUUAUAUCUGAGGAUUUAUUAAAAAUAUAUUUUUUAUAUAAAAGUACAAAAUAGUUACUACUUUGGCUUGGAAAAAAACACAG